AUGAACGCACGUCGUAGAGGCAAGCUCUGGUAUACCGGGCCGAAAUUCAACGAUCCUAAUGUUACCAAAGGCGUUAUCAAUUUGGUCUCAAAGGAUCUUGCACGUCAUCCUCCCAGCAGCAGCAGCAGCAGCCAGCCCGCCGGCGGCGGCUCCUCCAAGCACCGGCAGGUGGAGAUGGAAUCAGAGGAGGAUGGACCGGCGGCCAAGAGACAGCGGCUAACGAACUCGAACCCUCGCAAAGACAAGUAUAUGACGGAGUUGCGCACGCGGCUGCUUCCGCAUGUCAUAGUUGCGGUGAAUACAUUACCACCCACCGGGCUCACACUGCCCGAGAUUGCCAUCGAUUCUGCCACGAUAUUAGCUAAGCGCUUUCUAAGCAGGAUUGGUAACGAUCCCAAUCAGCUCAUACCUGAUGAUGCCGCGACGACAGAGCAAGAAGCCUUAGAGACGGUCCAACAACUGUCUUUAUUACCUAAAUACCGCGUUGCUGAGCCGAAUAAUGAUGUGCCCGUGGUCAUCAAGCAAGAACAGAAGGCAUUGCCUUCAAAUGGUCAAGUCCCGCCAGUCUCUGCAAGCCAUGCAGUCUCUGAAGCGUCUGAAGUGUUCCAGACCCCUGCAGUUUCUGUAGCCUCUGUAGUUCCUGCACGGCCUACUACCUCUGGUCUCACGCCAGCACAGACGCGAAGACGGUGCAGCCGCCCUUUGCGCAAGCCUUACAAGCCACGCAUCAGGAGGGAGACAUCACCGCGGCCUGAUCCUCUGUGGACGCGAUUGGCCCUGAGGCCAUAUCAUUCCACACAAGAACGCGAUGCGCUUCAACAAGGAAUCCGGUUUGCGUAUGCAAAGGCUGAACAUCUUCGCAACAAGCCGGCGGUCUAUCAUGUUGAUUUUUCAGCUAUUGAAAUUGCUAUCAUGGUCGACGAGAUAAAUCGCCGUGUUAAAGUCGCCGCUCCCCGCACCAGCGUUGGGCUGCGGCAGCAGUGUCUGGCUUACCCCGUGCCAGACCUUGUGGAGGGGAAGCUGCCCGGUCGCACGGAGCAGGACAUUCAAAGAUUCUGCUCCGAUUUACUGGCUAACGAGGCUAUGGACCCUAAGAGCGCCAGGAUUUUCUCCCUCCACCGAGAGGCUACGCGGGAGAUCAAGGACCAUGAGCGGGAGAGCCAGCUCUCAUCGUUGCUCUUUGCCCGAGAGCUUGCGGGCAAUGCUGGCAUGGGCCGGACACGGCGCUACAUAAACUUCCAAUGCAACUUCAAACAGAUACGGGAGGAUGCUUUUGAGAACGCCAUUGGCCAGUUCGCCGAAUUCACCAACUGUGCCGGGGACAUUAUGACAAUGACUUGGAUCCCGCACCAGAAUAUUCUCUGCGGCACGACGACGCAUUCUGACGCUCACAAUCAACAAUAUAAUAAGGCGGGCAAUCUGCUCCUCUGCUCGACAUCGAAGGCUGAUUUGCGAGCGUUUCCUGAUCACCGGAUCCCUCGACCACUCGUCACCAAGGGCGAGAAUUCUUCCGAUGCGAUGCGUGAGAGCCAAGACCCAUGGAUAUACUCGUCGGUGGUAUCGUCAGACUACGAUAAAGUACAUGGCUUUGCGUACACUUCGAGUUUCGACAAGACCAUCAAGGUAUGGAAAGUGGACGAGGAUGGCGGUUCCAUGCAAGCCGUCGCGACGUUUGAGCAUAACGGCAACGUCAACUUUGUCGCGGUAGCCAAGGACGGCUCCGGCCGCGUUGCUGCAGCUGCGGAUACGAAAAGUGAAGCUAUCCGCAUCUACACCAUGGACCCGAACAAUAUUGCCGAGAGCUCAUACUACUCGAUAUCCUGCUCACGAAACGAUGCUGAUGGGUCCGACAAGUGGGCAUAUUGCCCGGCGACAGUUGAAUGGGGAAUUGCACCCGGUACGCAGCAUCUCCUCCUCGUCGGCUAUUCUCCACGCAGCUUCAGCGGCGACGAGCAGGAUAUUCCCAAUGACAAGCUGCAGACUGGCGAAAUCAUGCUGUGGGAUGCACGGGAUCGCCGCAAGAUUCCUGUAUUGACGGCAACAACAGCCAACGUUUUCGAAGUGGCGUGGCACCCGACCCUCUGCGGCUUCGUCGUUGGCACCUCGCCGGUCGGCCUUCACAUCGAUCAAGGCGUGCGCACGCAGGUGCAUGUCUUUAGGCAGGACAAUCAACAACAUCUAGACGGCGCGUACAGCGAGUACCAGAAGCUCGACUGCUUCGCAUCGGACAUUAACGAGCUCAGCAUCGUACCCAACUCGAUACAGAGCGCCUACAUUACCGCUGCGUGCACGGAUGGGAAGGUGUACGUGUGGGACAUGGCGCUUGGCGACAAGCCGAUUCACGUGCUCAAGCACGGCAGCCCGUUGGAAGAGGUGGUGCAGCCCGAGGAACGAGAGCGCGAAGACACGGGCGUCAAGUUUACAGCCUGGGGUAGCGAUCUUAGCAGGCUAUAUACCGGCUCCAGCGACGGCGUGGUCAAGGUGUGGAAUAUUCGCAACCGACGUAAGCCGUUUGUCCGCGACCUGCUGCGCGCUCCUGGCCCAAUUUCCUGCGGCAGCUUCUCGCCGGAUCAUAGCAAACUCGCCAUUGGCGAUGCCACCGGUCGUCUGUUUCUCUUUUCCACCACAAAAGAAAAACAGUUCGAGGAGCGUUUCAGCCGGGUUCACCAGAUAACCAAGCAGCUGGUACACCGGAGCCGGCCUUUUACGCCGCACCCCGAUCCGCCUCGCCCACCGCCCGUACACGAUCCAGAUGCCAUGCUCCUCGACGGUCCCAACAACAACAACAACGACGACGACGUUGACACGGCAGACUCGGCGACGUAUGCGCGCCGCAGAUACCUCGAUACGCAGCAGCUGACACUCCACCGCAACCCCGUCAUCGGCGCCGUGCAAGGCCCACAGUACGCAGCCUCGGGGCACUUUCUCCACGACGCCCACCUCGACGACGACCCUGCCGCGCCGCUCCUCACCAAGUACGAGCGCCUGCAGCUGGAAAGCCGGCACAGCGUGCUCGGCGGUGCGGGCUGUCUCCGGCGGCGCUCCCUGCGGCGGCUCGUGCCGGCGCCGGCGGUCGUGGACGAUGCGACGGAGCAGCAACACCGGGGCAAUGUAGCGCGGGACUUUGACGUCGCGGCGCUGGACAAGGCUGAUUGGGACGAGCUGGUGCGUGCGGGGGCGUUGCUGGAUCUCGGCGAUACUGGUGAGGAGGAUUGGGGUUUUGCAUACGAGGAUUCGCCGGCGGUAUAUGAUGAUGCGGAUGCAUGCGACAUGGAAUCGGAGUCUUGA